CAACAUAUGCAUCUGGCGUAUUGAAAAAUCUUCAAUUUGAUAAACCAUUAAUGUAUCGUGGAGAGUUAGACACAGAAAUUGAAAGUGUGAUAAACAAUGGUGAAGAAUGGAUGCAUGAUGGUCUGGAACCAGAACUUUUUGCUGAAAUGUAUCAUUCCGCAGAAAUGGAACAGAUGGAUCAUCCCCAGCCAUGGCAACAUCCCCCACCUUACCAGACUAAUAAUCGAAGUCCUUUAUGGUUCGAUACUGAUCUUUGA